AUGUCCUUCGAUUCUCCCGCCCUCUUCUCGCUCCUCUUCCUCCUCGAUUUCUAUUCCCACCCCCGCAGGCCGGUUGCAGUCAUGCUGCGAAAGAGGACCGUGUUAGCAUCGACAGUGCUGUCAGUCAUUGUAUUGUAUUACAGCUUACGCUUCAUGCCUUCAGGAGAGGCGAAAGUGCAUCAGAUACCAUUGAAAGAGAUCAAGAACAUUACAACGAGCGCGAAGCCGUUCUUUGCUCCACCGCUGCGGACGGCUGGGAGGCAAAUCGUCGACGCAAAUGGCGAGAGGGUGAAGCUGGCUUCGAUCAAUUGGUAUGGCGCCAGCGACAUCUACUUCGUGCCAGGAGGGCUCGACUUCCGGCAUAGAGAUGAGAUCGCAACAACGAUCAAGAAGAUGGGGUUCAACUCUGUACGGUUCCCCUAUUCCGAUCAGAUGGUGAUCGAGAAUCCGGUGAUCCCGCCUGAAUUCCUCUCGGCCAACCUGGAUCUGCUCGACGACUACGAUCUCGGUCACAACGACGGCCUGAAACGAAGCGCGGACGAGCUCGACGGUCCACGAGCAUUGGAUGUAUACAACGCCUGCGUCAAAUCCAUGACUGAUGCUGGCUUGAUCGUGAUCCCUAAUGAUCACAUCACCAAUGCCCACUGGUGCGACGGCAUGAACCUCUGCGAUUCCAGCUGGAAAAAUGACCAAUACGGCCCCAUCUGCAAAAUCAAGCAAACUACCGAGAGCUGGAUCGACCAUUGGAAAACAAUCAUGCAACCCUUCAUCUCUAACCCCUUAGUAAUCGGCGCAGAUCUCCGAAACGAGCCCCGAGGAAUCUGGGGAACAAUGAGCUGGAGUUCUUGGGCCGACGCAGCAGAAAAAGCCAGCGAAGCACUUCUAACAUUGAACCCUGACUGGCUCAUGUUUGUCGAAGGCGUCUCCUCAGCCAACGACUGCUCGGGAGCCAGAAACCGCCCCAUAAAACUCUCCAUCCCUGACCGAGUCGUCUACAGCUCCCACGUAUAUUCCUGGUCUGGGUGGGGUCAUAUUCCAUCCGUACCCUAUGGAAAACGGCCUUAUCCUUCUUUCCAAGAGGACAUGAUUAAUAACUGGGCUUUUCUGCUUGAAGAUAAUAUUGCACCUGUUUGGGUUGGAGAAUUCGGUGCUCCGCAUCAUGCUGAUGAGCAAUCUUUGCACUAUUGGAAGAAUUUGAUGACGAUACUUAGAGAAACUGACGCUGACUGGGGGUACUGGGCGCUGAAUCCGCGGAAGCCUGAGGGCUAUGAUAAUGAGACUUAUGGAUUAUUGAGAGAUGAUUGGGAAACGGUGAUAGAGGAUUAUCGGAUGAGGGAUUUGAGAGAAUUGAUGAAGCCUUUACGAUGA